AUGGUCGACUUAGAAGGAGCAGACAAGGGAAAUAUUUCCCUUCCAGCUACACUACAAUCUCCAGAUAUGAAUAACUUGACAGAUAAAGAGUACAACGAGCAACCCACGAUCAUAAACAUACAAAGGGCUAUGUAUGAAACGCUUAUAAGUGAUCUUGAACAGAAAAUUCAACGAUUACAAACGAGGAAUGAAAAAUUAGAGGAUUUUUCAGAGUAUGUGAAAAAUUACUCCAAUAACAAAACUAUUGAGUCUGAAGCUGUUAUCGUUGAAUUGAAUACUAAUAUUGCUUUACAAACUAAGACAGUGGACAAGUUAAAGCAAAAAUAUAAGGACAUCGAAAAAAAAAGGCAGAAUCGCGCCGCAGAACAUGAAAAUAGAGUAAAAGAAAUAAGCGAUAAAUUUGACGAAACUAGAAGACAGCUUUCUUCUGAAAUUAAAUUAUUAAACGCUAAAAUAAACGCACUGGAAGAUUACAAAGCAUCCGAAGAAUCUUUGACGUCAAAAUUUAACGAUAAUAAUGAAUAUAUCGCACGAAAAGAAGAAGAACUGGAGCAAGCGCUGAAGGAUUUUCAAUUGAAAGCCAAAAUACACAGGCAAAACUUAAAAAAAGUAACCUACAAGAGCGUACUAGAUACAUCAAAAGACUUUCAAUCUGAUUUGAUAAGUACUAUAAUUCCGCUAACCGUACAAAGAAUGUUGCGAGAGAAUGUUAUUCUUGAAAACGAAUUGGUUCAGUGUUGGGGCGACCACGCUAAUAUCACCGAGCACAAAAAUUAUUACAAAAAUACUUUUAAGGAUUUUCACAAGAGAAUCAAAGAAUCUAAAAUACAUAUGAGGCAAAGAUUGAUUACCUCAAAAAUACAAAGUAUACUGCUGAAAAAGUUGGUAGCUAUCCAUUCAGCGGUAAAAAAUAAACUGUCGAAAUCAUUUGACGCGCCAGCCAAUUUCGAAGAAGAAUAUCACCAGCUUUUAGAGAGCACCAAUAAAAGGGAGUUCACAGACGACGACUAUGUCCGUCGGAAGUUGGAAGUGAUACUCCACCAAGAAAGAAUCAAACUAGCGAUGACAAAUAGAUUUAAAUUGAAAACAUCAUUUGCCCUUAAUACCUGUUGUGAAGUUUUGGGUAUCAUCAAAUGUGCCGUUAACACCGCUCUUUCGGUGAAAUACAUUUUGAAUUUAUUUUUAAAAAUUAUAGAUAUCGAAAGUUUUGCAUCAUAUUUGCUGAGCGUGAUUGAUAAAUAUAAUUCACGUAAAUGGAUGGCCCCUUCUGAAUCAUUAGAAACAGUGGAUUUAUCAUCAAACGUUUAUUCAAGAGGUGAUUUAGGGUUUGAACCGAAACACGUUGAACUUGAGGAUAAAUUGAUUGAAGAAAUAGAUAACAUUUCUUCUCGAUCGGUAAUGAGUACUUUGGAAAUUCUGGAAGAGCUUCAAAAAUUGCAAAUAACAAUACCGGAGGAAAAAGACUUCAACGAAACUAAAUCUCGUGAGUCAACUAUUACAUAUAUAUCAACAAGUACUAUGACAGAUGAAAAUUCAAGUUCAGCUGACUUAGUUGAUGACAAGCGUAAAGAAGAAAAACUUAGAUUAUUCUAUGAGGAAAUAUUUGAAGAUGAAAGCCACUUGGAAUAUAAAACGGAAGAUGAAUAUGAUUAUUAUUCAAAUUAUGACCAAGAAUAA